GAACAGAGGAAAAGCUUAGCUAUAUCGAUUGCAAUUACGAGCGCAAACAUGCACAUGCAUUUUUCGUAACUCGCAAAUUACGCCUUUUGCGUAACGCGUGUUGCAGUGAUUAGGUACGAAGGAGCUCGUCCCAUCUGGUAGAGGAAGAAUACGGGUCUUCGGCAAUCGACCAUUGGUAGUAGUAGAAGUGGUAGAAGCAGUUCGUGUGUUGGGUUCGAGCGGGUCGCACGUAUGAAGAGGAGGAGGAGAGUAAAAGCGAAGCAGUGAUAUGCCAGGUGGAGAGCAGUGAGGUUGUUGUUGUGAUAGUGACGACAAUUGGUGAUAGAGAAAGAGUGCGAGAUAAAGAGGGAAGGGAUACCGUGCCGCCAUCUUUGUACGAGUAGUGCGGACGCCCGGUUCUGUGAUAACGGGGCGAGAGAGUGUUGUCUGCCUGCCUGCCGCCGCCGUCCGUCCGUUUCGCUAAUCAAAGCACCUCUUUUUUGUAAUCAAGGUGGCCAUGGCAGUGCCUUAAUUUAUUGUAUAUGCCGAGAGCGUUGAGAGUGCGGCGGCCAUCUGACCAUACCGAAACGAAAUGACUCUUCGUCUGCAAACAACGACGUAAACAACACGAGAAGAAGAGCAGAGUCUUCUCCGAUCCGAAGAAGCACCGAGUUUGAAGAAAGAGCAACCUCUGGGGGCCCCUGCUGGAUGCAGACGACCAUCGCACAUUAUUUAUAUAUACUACAAAGAUAUAUAUAUACAUAAAUAUAUGUACACCCAUAUCACAAAGUAUAAAUAAGAGAGGAUACGCGAAGGAGGAGGGGUGUACGAGACGACGACAACCCUUGCCCAUUUCUUCUCGUCCGUGGAUAAACACCGACCAUCGCAGAUGUAACAAAUAAUAAUAAUAAAUGUGUUCAUCCAGUGCGAUCAGACCUCUACGAGUGCGUUUUGUUGUUAUUGUUUUUUGUUGUUCUUACUGCAUCUGUUGAAUAGUUUCCGGGAAAGGGUUGCUUCCGUUUCUAUUAUUGUUUGCUGCGAAUUUUCGUCCUCUAUUAUUAUCAUUAUUUCGUUCGAUUUUUACUUUCGCUUCCCGUGUUCGUUUGUUUUGCCACCUAAUUUAAAUAUGUGUAGUGUACCGCCAAAGUUCUAUCAGUUGUGUCGCAUUUGUUUAUCUCUGCCCAACGACGAUGGGAAUACCUCCACGUUCGAUAAGGAGUUAUCUAGGAAGAUAAUGACGUGUCUCUCUAUUGUGGUUACCGACAGUGACCAGUUACCUCAGAUAGUCUGUAUGAAAUGUUCAAAUCAAUUGGACGCGUUCAAUUGCUUCAGGGAGAAGGCCAAACAGACGGAAGACCACUUAAAGAAAUUCCUGCAGAAAACCAAACAGCUUACUGGCACGUCACAGGAGAAACAUAAGAAAUGUGAAUCUCUUCUGAAUAUGAUGAUGUAUCGGCCAUGUCUCAACCAUGAAGUGAAGAUAGAGGAGGAGGACGUGGAGGAUGUCGAUCACAGGAUGGAGCGGGAGUACGUGAAGGGUCGCCUAAAAGUGGAGCCGGAGUUGCAGAGGGAGGAACCGGUGAAGAUCAAGGUGAAGAGCGAUGCGGAUCUUCUGGCACGAAGGUCCGGGUCCCCGAUGACCUCCAUACAGGAGCCGACGGUAUUGCCUUACAACAUCAUCCAAACCCGCUUCAUCGCAGACAACUUGCCGCCACACUCGAUCAGUCCAUCCAGUCCCAUCGAACCGGCCGACCUUUCCAGCCGGAAACCGGAAAACGUCACAUGCGUGCCGGAACUGCCUGACUUCAUCAAGGACGAAACAGACGCCGCCUCCGAUUACAGUAACAGCUCGGAUCCCGAGAGGCUCGAAGUCGACAUGUCACAGGGUAUUGAUGAUCAUUCGAACUCUACGACGAGAUCGGCUCCGUCGCCGGCGAGUGAGCUUCCUCACAGUUCGGAUAACACCGACUUCUGGCAGGCUUUCUCGCAGAACGGUCACACGUCAGCAUCCCUUUCAGGUGAAGCCAGUCACUUACUUAGGAAGUUAAUAAGUUGCAGGAAGCUGGGGAUGACGAUAACGCCGGCACCGCCGUAUCCUGCGGACACCUUCGACCACGGUAAAGAGGCGAAAGGGUCCGCCGGUGGUGGCCGGAGGAAGCAGAGCUUCCCCACGAAAAUGGAGCUGGACGACUCGAGCCCUUCGCGGCACGACCCCGAGGUUGAAACCGAUUACGUCGGCGAGUUCAACAAUACGGGCCCCUGGCAGAUCGUGAAGAACGCUCGGGGGGCAGGAAUGGCUCGCAGGAUGGACCUGGCCUGCACGAACUGCGGCACCCAGACGACGACGAUCUGGAGACGCAACAUGAAAGGCGAGAUGGUCUGCAACGCCUGCGGUUUGUACUAUAAACUACACGGCGUCGACAGGCCGCACACGAUGAGGAGAGACACGAUACACACGAGGCGCCGGAGACCAAAAGGUUCGGAUAAUGAGAGAAAUAACCGCAGUAUAGCUCCGAAGAAGAACUCAAAUAACAACAGCGGCGAUAUCACAGAUACAGAAGACAUGCUGACAGCACUCCGUAAACAGCUUCAACCGCACCUGGUGAGGGCUCUGACAGGAAAGAAAAAUUUACAGCAGGGUGUCACUACCUAUUCGAAGUCGGUGAACAGCCAAUCGCCGACGGAGACCGUCGAGAUCGACUCCGAGGAUGAGAACUACAGGGAUCUUCCCCUGAACCUGGUGGCAACGCAGAUGGCCGAAACGGAAACGCAUUAAUACCGGAAUCCGCCAUACAAAAAGAAAAACGAACAAAAGAAUAAACGCUGAAUAUACAAAAAAAAAAACAAAACAAACAUGAACAAAACAAAGCCGAGGAAAGGAAAGACUUUGCUCCUCCAACGCUCCCCGGACUUCUGAGAUGUGUCUUUCUCAUCUCGCUCUGAUAAUUUCGCACCCCUCCAAGAAAGAAUCAAUACAAAAUACUUAAUUCGGUAUAAUAUUUUUGUAGCAAUAGGAGGAAAGAACCUACACUAAGAAAGUAAGAAUUGUGCUCUCUAAUUAUAUUAUAUAAAUGUAUAAUACAUAUAGUAUAUAUAUAUAUUUUUAAAAAAACGACGGAAAAAAAGUACUUAUUAAGAUAACGAUAAUAAUAAGAAUGGAGAAAAAAAAAUGAAGAUGAUGUUGGAGACGACUAAAGAAAAUACUCAAGUGCAAGAAUCAAAAGAAAAAAAAGGAACGAACAGGAAAAAAGAAUUGUUUAAUUCGUGGAAAGGAAUGGAAAAAACAAAACUUAAUAAUCACCGAUUGUGAUAUUUAUCAUGCUAUAAUAAGUAUAUAUAUAUAAUAAUUUAACCCCGCUCCCCCUGUUUACGUAUUUUUUUAAAUUGUUAUUGAAAGACGACUCCCCCUUUCAGACAUACACACAGACAAGCACGAAGAAAAGAAGCACCCUUUUUUUUAUUUAAUUUAUUAUAUACCUUAACGUUUCUUUUCGUACCAUUACCCC